GCCAUGUCGCAGCUUCGCUCAGACCGCUAACCACCAACAAAUCGACCCUAAUCCCCUCCCAAUACCCCAGAUUUGCUUCCGUGGCCAUUUCACAGUCACGAUGCAGUCGAUUCGGCAACCGCUGCGCUCUGCGCUUUGCAAGUCCGCUACCAGGCAGUAUGCGACGGCUUCCUCGCAGUAUGCCGAGACGAUUAAGAACCUGCGCAUCAACGGAGACACAAAGGUCUUGUUCCAGGGCUUCACUGGAAAGCAGGGAACUUUCCACGCACAACAAGCGAUUGAAUACGGCACAAAGGUUGUUGGAGGCACAAACCCCAAGAAGGCUGGUACCCAGCAUCUCGGACUGCCCGUCUUCAAAAGCGUAGCCGAUGCCGUCAAGGAGACCCAGGCUUCUGCUACUGCCAUCUUCGUUCCCCCACCCGUCGCCGCUGCCAGUAUCGAGGAAGCCAUCGCCGCAGAGGUUCCCCUUAUUGUGACUAUCACUGAGGGUAUCCCCCAACACGACAUGGUCCGCAUCACGGAUAUGCUCAAGAGCCAGAACAAGUCUCGCAUGGUCGGCCCCAACUGCCCCGGUAUCAUCGCUCCCGGCCAAUGCAAAAUCGGUAUCAUGCCUGGAUUCAUCCACAAGCGCGGCCGUGUUGGUAUCGUCUCUCGUUCCGGAACCCUCACCUACGAAGCCGUCAACCAGACCACCCAAGCCGGCCUUGGACAGUCUCUGGUCGUCGGUAUCGGCGGUGACCCCUUUUCCGGAACCAACUUCAUCGACUGCCUCAAGGUCUUCCUCAAGGACGAGGAGACUGACGGUAUCAUCAUGAUUGGUGAGAUUGGUGGUUCAGCCGAAGAAGAUGCUGCCGACUUCUUGAAGGAGUACAACACCGCCAACAAGCCCGUUGUCAGCUUCAUUGCUGGUAUCUCUGCGCCACCUGGCAGGAGAAUGGGUCACGCUGGUGCCAUUGUUAGCGGUGGCAAGGGUGAUGCAAACUCCAAGAUCACCGCGCUUGAGGCUGCUGGUGUCACUGUCGAGCGCUCGCCUGCUAAGUUGGGAUCAACUCUUUACGACCAGUUCGUCAAGCGUGAUCUGAUAUAGAGUUGACGAUGAUGUUUCAUUGAGCAUUGCAUGUUCCGCGUUGCGGUUGCUGCACAAGAGUCCAUUGUACAUUGUAGUUAUUUAGAAAUCCACGAAUGCAUCCA